ACAGCAGCUGUAACAAAGGGAACACGGAAAGCGAAUGGGGGGGGGGGUCGCUGGAAGCUGUUGGAUCCGGACUUGGGCCGCACACUCACGUGGGAACUGGUACUUAGUAGCAAAUUCUCACAGGAACAGGCGUCAUGUUAUUCUGUGUCACCGCCGUGUGACUGUGCGAUUUUCCUCAGUUCCAUAUACAGAGCCACAAGUGGGAAAUGGAGAAUAUUGAAUUAUAAAAGAGCGCAAAAGCAACUUCCCACUGGGUCCUGUUGUACUGUUGCCUUGUUGCUGAAUAUUCUGCGGUGCUGCUAAUUCGGUGGUCCUAGCCACUCUGUUUUGUUCUUUAUUCUUUACCUUUCCUCCCAUACCCUCCCCAUUCAUCUCCCAGUUACCCUGGCAACCACAGAAGUGCUUAACUAAUGGAGAACCUGCUGGAAAUGAUCUGAAGAUACCUGUCAGUGUCAUUAUCAUAUGGAAAGUUGUCUAUCUUGUGGCUCUAGUUCCGCUCUCAGAGUUGGCUAACUGGCUGGAUUCCAUCGUGGUGCCCAACAUCCAUGUCCAGACUAAAGGCUGUUGAAUCAAGGAUCCUUCAGUGUAUCAAAAACAGAUUUUCUGCUCAGUAUGUAUCACUUCCUGACCAAAACAAGAUAUGGACACUGACAGUGAGUCCCGAGCUCCAGGACAAGACACCUCUGGUUAUGGUUCAUGGCUUUGGAGGAGGCAUAGGGUUGUGGAUCCAGAACUUAGACCACUUGAGUUCUCGUCGGACUUUGCAUGCCUUUGAUUUGCUAGGAUUUGGACGUAGCUCCCGUCCAAACUUCCCUAGGGAUCCAGAAGAAGCAGAGGAACAGUUUGUAUCAUCCAUUGAGCAAUGGAGAGAUCAAAUGGGAAUAAGGAACAUGAUUCUCCUAGGGCACAGUUUGGGAGGAUUCCUGGCUGCCUCUUAUUCCAUCAAAUUCCCUGAGAGAGUUAAACACCUCAUUCUUGUGGACCCAUGGGGUUUCCCUGCUAUACCAACAGACCCCAGCGAAAUCCGUUCUCCCCCAACAUGGGUAAAGGCUCUGGCCGCUGUGCUUGGGCGCUCCAACCCUUUGGCAGUUGUAAGGGCAGCUGGACCAUGGGGUCUAGGAUUGGUUCAGAGGUUCCGUCCAGACUUAAAAAGAAAAUUUCAAGAGUACUUUGAAGAUGAGACCAUCAUGGAAUAUAUUUACCACUGCAACGCCCAGACACCCAGUGGUGAAAGUGCUUUCAAGACCAUGAUGGAGAGGUUUGGUUGGGCCAAACGUCCUAUGAUGUCCAGAAUUAAUCAAAUCCCAAAAGAGCUUCCAAUUACAUUCAUCUAUGGAGCAGAGACUUGGAUUGACAGGAGCACUGGAGAGAGGGUAAAAGAGGAACGACCAGGCUCCUGUGUGAAAUCAUUGGCAAUCAAAGGAGCCUCCCAUCACGUAUAUGCCGAUCAGCCAGGCAUCUUCAAUGCUGUCGUUGAAGAGAUUUGUGAUGCAGUUGACUGAGGUGGCUCUCUAGAGAAUAGAAGAAGGGCAUUGGCUUGGUGUCUGCAAUGUACAAAGCACAUAUUAGAGCCCUCUGUUAAAAAAAGGGCAGUUUAAACCUAGGUUUGAUCUGGUUGCACAUUGAAAAGUAGAUUAUAUUGGUCAAAUUUAGCUGGUAAUUCUAAUCACAGAUCUUAUAUUUUAUAUUAGAUUUUAGGUCCAAGUGCAGGUCAUUCUUCUCCCUAAGUGCUAUGUACUUAGGCUUUCUCCAAAGCAAUCCAUUUAUUCAUUUUCUUACACCGUAAGAAAAAAGAGCUUAUAAGAAUUAUUAGCAUUCAGUGCCUUAAUAUUUUUACCCACCUUCCAGGAAUUGUCAUUCUUUAGAGAUAUGUAUGAUGGAAGGGGGUUGGUAGGUUGGGCACAAUUAUUUUCUGAUCAAGUCUAAUUGCACUGAAAGAAAAUUUCUCACACUCUCUUUCCGUCAUCUUAAAUCUUACUAUUGUCAGGUUUCACCCACACUCUGGAUAGUUGCACUGAAACAAAAAAAAAGAACAAAAGCAUGAUAUUGUUUGUGUACAGGCUGUGGAUUAGAUGGUGUGUGGCCUUUGUGCUUGUGCCUCCUGGAAUAUGAUGUAUGGACUUAUUGGUACAACUACCUCUUCUAUAAAGCAACAUACAUAUUCAUUUGUAAUUAUAUUUAAAUCUAGGUUUCGUGUAUUGGUGAAACGUGGUGCCAUUUUGCAUUACUUCGACCAUUUAAUUACUAAUCCUGAUUAAUUAUGUAUUAAAAAAGAAUAAGUGCUCCGUCCUUGGAUCUGCACUUGCCAAUAAUUACAUUUAUGGUGCUAGUGACACCUUUGGUUAUUUAUUAUCCAUUACACCUAUAGUGGUUUGCACAGUUGUUUUGUAAAAAAUGUUAAGACUAUACAUUCUAUUACAUUUACACUAUAUUAAAAGUUGAUGUUUUUGUUUAAAAUG